AUGAUUAGCAACUCGGACUCGUUGACGGAGACUAGCAAAAAACGUGUUUCCAGCCCGAGCAGUCCCACAGAAGCCGACGAAACGAACCCGUUCCUCGCGAGUAUGAAAGAGGACGAAUACCAGAGAGGCUUUCUGACUAUCGGAUUCAUAACGCUUCUCAACGCCUCCUGUAAUCCCCUAUGGCACGCUGCCUUUGCUAACGGUGGUCCUUCACCAUUUUUGUUGAAUGCUGGAGUUAGUGUAGUUGCACUGCUUGGCCUUUUGGUGGGUGGACCCUUGCUGGAUCGACGAACACCCACCGUGUCCAAUCUCGCGGCUACCGCCUCGGCAGCGUUGCCAACCGAGGAGGCUGCGGACAGCAUUCCCUCGAACGGAGACGUUGUCGACCCAACGUCCUCUCCCAACGCGAACGUACAACACGUCUUGGGUGGUAUGGAGCUCGGCCUUUGGAAGUUCCUCGGCACAACCGCACACCUCUACGGAUUGAGUCUCACCACGGCCGAUCACGGGGCCUUUUUGAUCCAACUCACCACACUGAUUGUUCCCGUGGUGCAAGGGCUGCAGGGUGAAAAAAUUCCCCGACAGAUUCAGUUCGCUGUUGGGCUAGCCUUGCUCGGAGUUUACGCCUUUACCCAGGACCCCAGUGGAGCCGCCACCACAGCGGUUGCUGCUCAACAGCAGGCUACCGGAGACGCCCUCUGCGUGGGCGCCGCCGUCUUUUACAGCUUUUACGAUAUUCAGACCUUCAAAUGGGGCAAGCAAGUACCUCGUAAACAACUCGUCACCACCAAGGUUGCUACGCAGGCGGCCUUGUCCGUCGCCCUCUGCGCCACCGUCGCCAGUGGUGACACGGUCGACUUUUUCCGGGCCAACCCGGAUUGGGCCACGUCCGGUCUCCUCGUACCCGUUAUUUUAUGGAGCGGACUUAUUGUCAACGCACUCGCAACCUUUCUACAAGUUGGCGGCAUGCAGGCGGUCGGUCCGACCCGAGCCCAAACCAUUUUUGCCUCCCAGCCUUUGUGGAGCAGUAUGCUGGCGUACGCGUUUCUGGGGGAAACCGUCGGGGUCCAGGGAGCCGUCGGCGGUUGUGCCUUUUUGUUCGCACUCUUCUUGGCCGCUACCGCACCACAAGAGCCCAAGACUACCCAACAGUCAACGUCGUAA